CAGGGGCAGCAGAGGCAGAGAGAAGAGAGAGCUCUAACUCCCGAUCAGUGAGACACAGGCAGACAGACAGACAGGCAGGCAGGCAAGCAGACAGACAGGCACACAGACUGACUGACAGACACACCGCCGGACCAUCAUGGACUGGAUCAGGACAGAGAAACCCGUCUCCGGAUGAGACAGGACGGCCUGGCUUCUGUUUUUUGGGGGGACUCUGCUAUAGAUACGUGGAAUAACCGACAACCUAUUGGGAGAUUUAACCCCGUGCUACCCGUGAUGGAAUAUUUACACUCUUCUCAUUUUCUAAUUUUUCUCCUCUUCUCUUCCUCCUCCUUCUCUUCCUCCACCACCACCUCCACCUCCUCUUCUUCAUCCUCUCACAUUUUGACACGCUGCUGAAGAUGCGCACGAAUGCGUCUUUUGCGCACUUCCAUUGCGACCGUCACUGACAGCGCCCGUGCUUUGUAACCUUUUGAAACCUUAUUUUUCUUUCAAGACAACAAGGGAGAGGAGAGAAAGAAACAGGAGAGAAGGAGAGCGAGGUGUGAAUUGAAUUGAACGCGGUGCUGGUCUCAUGUUUCUCGCCUAGGGCCCGGAUGUACCGAGAGAUGCACCGGUGCGUUUUCCCAACCGGUUCCGCCGAAAGCUCCCUCUUUUUUCUCGCCUUCACCUCCAUCAUGGGGAUUAGGUAAUAUUCACUCCAUCCGAAGAAACCCUCCCCAUAAACAAAAAAUAACGGAAUACCCAAGACUGUCCGUGCCAGACAGUUCUUUCUUCUUUUUUCCCCUCUUUUAAUUUCUUUAUUUUUGGGGGGCUUUUUUUCCUCGUUAUUUUCCCUCCGCCUCUCCAGCUUUUUUCCCCCUCUCCCUGUCUCUUCCAUUCACCUAUAGGGAUAACGCCGGACUACAUUUAUGGUAAAUGAAAGCAAAAACAUGUACAUCCCGGAGGACACCCUUGAGAACCAUCAAGGCUCCGACUACUCUCCCCCUCCCCCCCUUCCUCGCCCUCCUCCCCCCGGCCUGACCAAUGAGCACAGUGGCGGUGGCAGCCACGGCGACCAUGGUGGAGGAGGGGGCGGGGUCAACCACGGGGUGGGCGUGGUGGGCCUAGCCCCGGAGCACAUCGCCACACCGGGGGCGGCCCUAAGCUGGCAGGCGGCCAUCGACGCCGCGAGGCAGGCGAAGUUGAUGGGCAACGCCGCAUCAGGCGGAGGGGCGGGGCUCGGGUCAGGAGGGGGCGGGCCCAUCUCCACGGCCAGCUCCACGCAAAGGAAGAGACAACACUAUAGCUCUAAGCCCAAGAAACAGACAACGACGACAGCCACAAGACCUCCACGGGCCCUACUCUGUCUCACACUCAAGAACCCUAUCCGCAGGGCCUGCAUCAGCAUCGUAGAGUGGAAACCAUUUGAGAUCAUCAUCCUGAUGACCAUUUUUGCCAACUGUGUGGCCUUAGCUGUCUACAUCCCCUUCCCUGAGGAUGACUCAAACGCCACCAACUCCAACCUGGAGCGUGUGGAGUAUCUGUUCCUCAUCAUUUUCACGGUGGAGGCAUUCUUGAAGGUAAUAGCCUAUGGACUGCUCUUCCACCCCAACGCCUACCUGAGGAACGGCUGGAAUUUGCUGGACUUCAUCAUCGUAGUCGUAGGGUUAUUCAGCGCGAUCCUGGAGCAGGCCACCAAGGGGGAUGGGGCCACUCCUAUUGGAGGGAAGGCGGCGGGCUUCGAUGUCAAGGCUCUGAGGGCAUUCAGAGUACUCAGACCCCUCAGACUGGUCUCUGGAGUACCCAGUUUACAGGUAGUGUUGAACUCCAUAAUCAAAGCCAUGGUUCCUCUGCUCCAUAUCGCCCUGCUGGUCCUCUUCGUCAUCAUCAUCUAUGCCAUCAUCGGCCUGGAGCUCUUCAUGGGCAAGAUGCACAAGACCUGCACUCACAAGCACACAGGCGCCAUUGUGGGAGACAAGCCGGCACCGUGUGCACCAGACUUAGCUUACGGUCGACACUGUAACCAAAAUGAAACAGAGUGCAGAAUGGGAUGGGAGGGCCCAAACGACGGCAUCACCAACUUUGACAACUUUGCCUUCGCCAUGUUGACCGUGUUCCAGUGUAUAACCAUGGAGGGCUGGACGGACGUGCUGUACUGGGUGAAUGAUGCAGUAGGGUACACGUGGCCCUGGGUGUAUUUUGUCACCUUAAUCAUCAUCGGAUCCUUCUUUGUGCUAAACUUGGUUCUGGGGGUAUUGAGCGGAGAGUUUUCCAAGGAAAGAGAGAAGGCCAAGGCACGUGGUGACUUCCAGAAACUCAGAGAAAAACAGCAGCUGGAGGAGGACCUCAAGGGCUAUUUAGACUGGAUCACUCAGGCUGAAGACAUCGACCCAGAGAAUGAAGAGGAGGGCUUGGAUGAUGACAAACCUAGAAACCUGAGCAUGCCAGCCAGCGAAAAUGAAUCAGUCAACACAGACAAUGCCCCCGGGGGAGACGUGGAGGGGGAGACCUGCUGUACCCGGCUAGCAAAUAGGAUCUCCAAAUCCAAGUUCAGUCGAUACUCUCGGAGGUGGAACAGGCUGUGUAGGAGGAAGUGCCGGGCAGCGGUCAAAUCGCAGGUUUUCUAUUGGCUGGUCAUCUUCCUGGUUUUCCUCAACACCCUGACCAUCGCCUCUGAACAUCACAAGCAGCCUCAGUGGUUAACUGAUGUACAAGACAUAGCCAACAAGGUGUUGCUAGCACUCUUCACUGGUGAAAUGUUGUUGAAGAUGUACAGUCUGGGUUUGCAGGCGUACUUUGUCUCGCUCUUCAAUCGCUUCGACAGCUUUGUUGUAUGUGGAGGAAUCCUUGAGACCAUUCUGGUGGAAACCAAAAUCAUGUCUCCUCUCGGCAUCUCUGUGUUACGUUGUGUACGUUUGCUGCGAAUCUUCAAAAUAACCAGAUACUGGAACUCCUUGUCCAACCUGGUGGCCUCCCUGCUCAACUCUGUUCGCUCCAUCGCUUCCCUAUUGCUGCUGCUCUUCCUCUUCAUCAUCAUCUUCUCCCUGCUCGGCAUGCAGCUCUUCGGAGGGAAAUUCAACUUCGACGAGACCCGACGCAGCACCUUUGACAACUUUCCCCAGUCUCUGCUCACCGUGUUUCAGAUCCUAACGGGAGAGGACUGGAACUCUGUGAUGUAUGAUGGUAUCAUGGCGUACGGUGGACCGUCCUUUCCCGGCAUGCUUGUCUGCAUCUACUUCAUCAUCCUCUUCAUCUGCGGAAACUAUAUCCUACUGAAUGUCUUCUUGGCCAUUGCUGUCGACAAUCUGGCAGACGCUGAGAGCUUGACAUCCGCCCAGAAAGAAGAGGAGGAGGAGAAAGAGAGGAAAAAACUGGCCAGGUUGGCCAGUCCGGAGAAGCGUCAUGACAACGAGAAGCCACCUCUGGAGGAGGAGAAGAAGGAGAAGAUAGAGCUGAAGUCCAUCACUUCUGACGGAGAGACCAACACUGCUGCUAAGAUAAACAUGGAUGACUACUGUGGAGAUGAGAGUGAAGAGAAGAACCCAUACCCUGCCAAUGAUUACAUAGGAGACGAUGAUGACGAAGAGCCAGAGAUGCCAGUGGGCCCGAGGCCACGGCCUCUCUCCGACAUUCAGCUGAAGGAGAAAGCUAUUCCCAUGCCCGAGGCCCGCGCGUUCUUCGUCUUCAGCCACACCAACCAAUUCAGGGUUCUGUGCCAUAAGAUCGUCAACCACAACAUCUUCACAAACCUCAUCCUCUUCUUCAUCCUGCUCAGCAGCAUCAGUCUGGCAGCAGAGGACCCAGUCAAGAACGACUCCUUCAGAAACCAGAUCCUGGGCUAUGCAGACCAUGUCUUUACUGGACUCUUCACCAUAGAGAUCAUUCUUAAGAUGACAGCCUAUGGGGCCUUCCUCCAUAAAGGUUCAUUCUGUAGAAACUAUUUCAAUAUUCUGGACCUGGUGGUGGUCAGUGUGUCCCUCAUCUCCUCUGGAAUACAGUCCAGUGCAAUCAAUGUGGUGAAGAUCCUGAGAGUUCUGCGAGUGCUCAGACCACUGAGGGCCAUCAACAGAGCCAAAGGACUAAAGCACGUAGUGCAGUGCGUGUUUGUGGCCAUCAGGACCAUCGGCAACAUUGUCAUCGUCACCACGUUGCUCCAGUUCAUGUUCGCCUGUAUUGGAGUACAACUUUUUAAGGGAAAGUUCUUCUUCUGUACCGACAGCUCUAAACAGACUCAGGCAGAGUGCAGGGGUUCCUACAUCAUGUACAAGGAUGGUGAUGUGGGGAAGCCUGCAAGAGCCCCGAGAGUUUGGGAAAACAGUGACUUUAACUUUGACGAUGUCCUGCAAGGCAUGAUGGCUCUGUUCGCUGUGUCUACCUUUGAGGGCUGGCCAGGGUUACUGUACCGCGCCAUAGACUCUCACGCUGAGGACGUCGGGCCCGUCUACAACUACCGCGUGGUCAUCUCCAUCUUCUUCAUCAUCUACAUCAUCAUCAUUGCCUUCUUCAUGAUGAACAUCUUCGUCGGUUUCGUCAUCGUCACAUUCCAGGAGCAAGGAGAGCAAGAAUAUAAGAACUGUGAGCUGGACAAGAACCAGCGUCAGUGUGUGGAGUAUGCUUUGAAGGCACGUCCGUUGCGUCGCUACAUCCCCAAGAACCCCUACCAGUACAAGGUGUGGUAUGUGGUCAACUCCACCUACUUUGAGUACCUGAUGUUCACACUCAUCCUUCUCAACACCAUCUGUCUGGCCAUGCAGCAUCAUGGACAGACCAAAGGUUUCAAUGAUGCCAUGAACAUCCUCAACAUGCUCUUCACUGGACUCUUCACUGUAGAGAUGAUCCUUAAACUGAUCGCCUUCAAACCCAGGGGGUACUUUAGUGAUCCCUGGAAUGUGUUUGAUUUCCUCAUCGUAAUUGGCAGCAUAAUAGACGUCAUUCUCAGUGAGAUCAACCCAGCUGACUCCUCCUCGUCCUCGUCCUCCUCCUCUUCGCCCUCCUCCUCCUCCUCUUCCUCCUCUCACCCCCCUGUGGUAAGGCCAAUGGGACUGCAGAACUCUGAAGAGAACGCCAGGAUCUCCAUCACCUUCUUCCGACUGUUCCGCGUGAUGAGGCUGGUGAAGCUGCUGUCUCGCGGGGAAGGGAUUCGGACCCUGCUGUGGACCUUCAUCAAAUCCUUCCAAGCUCUGCCCUACGUAGCUCUGCUUAUAGUGAUGCUAUUCUUCAUAUACGCUGUCAUCGGCAUGCAGAUGUUUGGUAAGAUAGCGCUGCGGGACCACACGCAGAUCAACAGGAACAACAAUUUCCAGACGUUCCCUCAGGCAGUGCUGCUGCUCUUCAGAUGUGCAACAGGUGAGGCAUGGCAGGAGAUCAUGCUGGCAUGCUCGCCCAAUCGGCCGUGUGAGAAAGGAUCAACCAACGAGAACAACACAGGCAAUGAGGACUGCGGCAGCCAGUUUGCCAUCAUUUACUUUGUCAGCUUCUACAUGCUCUGUGCCUUUCUGAUCAUCAACUUGUUUGUGGCCGUCAUCAUGGACAACUUCGACUACCUGACACGUGAUUGGUCAAUCCUGGGGCCGCAUCAUCUCGAUGAAUUCAAGAGGAUCUGGGCUGAAUAUGACCCAGAAGCUAAGGGGAGGAUAAAGCACCUGGAUGUGGUGACUCUGCUGCGGAGAAUCCAGCCUCCCCUCGGCUUUGGAAAGCUCUGUCCGCACAGGGUGGCGUGCAAGCGUCUGGUGUCGAUGAACAUGCCUCUGAACAGCGACGGAACGGUGAUGUUCAACGCCACGCUGUUUGCCCUGGUCAGAACCGCACUCAGGAUCAAGACAGAAGGUAACCUGGAGCAGGCCAAUGAGGAACUGAGGGCAAUAGUGAAGAAGAUCUGGAAGAGAACCAGCAUGAAGCUCUUGGAUCAAGUGGUGCCCCCUGCUGGAGAUGAUGAGGUAACAGUCGGGAAGUUCUACGCUACCUUCCUCAUCCAGGAAUAUUUCCGCAAGUUUAAGAAGAGGAAAGAACAAGGGCUGGUGGCCAAGGUGGCUCCCAAAACUGCCCUCUCUCUGCAGGCGGGCCUGCGGACACUGCAUGACAUCGGUCCAGAGAUUCGGAGGGCCAUCUCUGGAGACCUGACUGUGGAGGAGGAGCUGGAUAAAGGCCUGAAGGAGCCGGUGUCGGCUGCAUCCGAGGACGAUAUCUUCAGGGUAAAGCGUACGGGUGGGUUGUUCAGCAACCACGUCAACUACUACAACCAGAGCGAUGGCCGCAGUUCCUUCCCGCAGUCCUUCACCACCCAGCGUCCCCUGCACAUCAGCCAGAAGGGCUCCCCUUGUGAAGGAGAGAGCCCGUCCCACGAGAAACUCAUGGACUCGACCACUUUCACCCCUUCCUCGUACUCCUCAUCAGGCUCCAAUGCUAACAUCAACAAUGCCAACAACACGGGCAUGGUCGGGGUGGCGACCCAGGGCAUCAGUCGAUUCCCAAGCCCGUCCAUAAGCACUGUGGACGGGCACACAGGACAGCCGCUCACCCCCAUCCUGCUGCCAAGAUCUGCAUGGUGCUUUCCUCCGAAGAGGACGUGUUUUUAUGACACCCUCAUGCGCUCGGACUCAAGUGACAGCCGCUUGCCAAUCAUCCGAAGAGGCGAGGGGUCAACAGAGGAGACAUACGAUGAGAGCUAUGGCGACGACAGGGAGUACCAUGAGGACGACCACUCGCUCUCCUCUGACAUGCUGGUGUAUCAUGAUGAAACAUGUAAGCAGUUGGCUCCCAUGGAGGAAGGAGAGGAUGUAGAAGAGAGAAGAGGAGGAGGGUGGCAGUCUCCGAGGAGAGUCUUCCUCUGCCCCACAACUCUGGGGAGGAGAUCGUCCUUCCAUCUGGAGUGUCUAAGGAGACAGUCAAGGCCAGACAUCUCCCAGAAGACGGCUGUACCGCUACACCUUGUACAUCAUCAGGCUCUGGCAGUUGCAGGGUUGAGUCCUCUGCUAAGAAGGAGUCACUCACCUACCCUCUUCAGCCGGCUGUGCUCCACGCCUCCGGCCAGUCCCACAGCCCUUGGCAGUGAUGCCUCCUACCAGCGAGUGCCCUCUCUGAGGCUAGAGGGCUCCAACUCCCAUGAAAAGCUCAAUACCAGCUUGCCCUCUGUCAACUGUGGGCCUUGGUACAGCGACAGUAAUGGGAACAGCCGAGGGCCCAGUCCUAGCCCCACCCCCAGCGUUUCAGUGUCCAAUCAAAGACCACCACGGCCGGUGUCACUCACAGUGCCCUCGCUACUGGGAAAAGACUCCAGCUCACUGUGCCACGGCAGUGCAGGCAGUCUGGUGGAGGCGGUGCUAAUAUCAGAGGGGUUGGGUCAUUUCGCCCAGGACCCGUCGUUCAUCGAGGUGACCAAAGCCGAGUUGGCAGACGCAUGCGACAUGACCAUCGAGGAGAUGGAGCACGCUGCCAACAACAUUCUCAACGGCAACACCGCCACAAACGCCACAUCCAGCACCUCCUCCACCUCCCAGCACAGCCCCAACGGCAACCUCCUCCCCUUUCACACAGCAGCAGCAGCAGCAGCAGCAGCAGCAGCAGCAGCAACGCACAGGGACCGUGUGGUCAGCGAGGGCGGGGAAGAGGCCGGGGGAAGCAGAGGCUCCAUCCACGGGCCGUCCUCGGUGGAGGAGCGGCAGGAGCUGCUAGCAGGGGGGAGGGGACAAGAGGAGGAGGAGGAGGAAGAGGUGGGAGAGAGGGAGGAGGUACACCACAGAAGCUCAGUUGUGAUUGGAGGAGCACGGCAGAGGAACAGCGGGCCGUUGGAGGACGAGGAUAUGGAGUGUGUGACAAGUUUGUAGGAGUUGGAUUGGCGGGUUCGAUUGGCCAACUGGCCCCUCUGACAUCAUCAGAGACUGACGCUUGUCAGUGCUGGGUAACGGCGCCACAGCUGGCUCUGUCUGUCCCCACCCCUCCCAUGCACACACACACACACACACACACACACACACACACUGUCUGCCUCUCUGCCAGACAUAACUGCUCUGGACAUUGGCGGCCAGUGACGCAACUUUAAACACCUGAUCAUGACUUUGUUGGUUUAUAUGAGUUUGUACGUGUGUGAAUGUUUGUAGUCAAGAAUACCACACUAUACUCUAUAAUAUCUGAGUGUAUGUAUGUGUGUGUGUGUGUGUGUGUGUGUGUGCGUGUGUGCGUGUGUGUGAUCUAUGAUUUUCUCUAUUUGUACGUGUACAUGAGUGCGUGUGUUCUCCACACGUGUCUGAGUGUGUCUCUAAAGUGCCUCACAGUUUUAUCAUGUCCUCAAAGCGUGAAGAGCAGAAAAGUAGAGACAAGCAAAAAAAGUGAGGGGAAAGUAGGGAUGAAGGAAAGGUAGAGAGGAAACAACAGAGGCAGGAAGUCCUUUUAUGGACGUCCCGCAGUCUACAUAGUGUGUUUAUCGUUUUCAUUUCCUAUGCCUACUUUGGUGUUGUUAUUGUUGUUUGUCUGGCCGCCAUAAAGCCAGGUAGGGGACAGCAGACCAGCUUGUGGAGGGGAGGGGUCAGUUAAGGAUUCAAAUCUGACCGCACCCACUUGUGGUCAAAGGUCAACUCCUCCUUCUCGGUUCACUGAUGAUGAAGCGCUGUAUUGAGUAAACGGGGGCGAGGAAAACCCUGUUUGAAAUCUCAUUUCUCUUCCUCUUCCAAAGCUAAAGGAACCUUGGAGCACAGCCCUGCCAGCCUGGGGGUGGCAUUAAGGUGACACACCACCCCCAGCCAAAGGGGGGGGGGGGGGGAUUUGAGGGAUGGACAAACAGCCACAACAGGGCUUCUGUAGGGGGCCACGGGCAGAGAGAGACACUCUCUGACCAACAGGAAGCUAGCCAGCUCUUUUAUCUGCUGGUCGAUAAGACGCCAGCGAGAGACAAACUCACCUCGUUCGUCACCUUGAUCUGGCUUCGCCUCCUCUGCCGCUUUUCCUCGUUUGGCCACACCCACUUCCUGCCCCAAACAGGAAAUGGGAGGAGCAUUUGGUGGCUAAGCAGAGACAGUGAGCCCCCUUUUCUGCCUCAUACCUCGCCGUUCCUCACUCCUCCCUCUCUCCUUCCUCCCUCCUCUUUGGUUAUUCCAACGCCCCUCUCCCUCCAUCGCUGGGUUUUUGCUUUUUCAGCCCUCGGGAGGCGAGUGUGUCGAACAGGGCAACAGAGGCGGAGGGUGGAGGAGCGGACGGGAGUGACCCGAUUGAAAAGAAAACAGACUCUGGGCAUGGAUCUACAGACGAUCUAUCCGUCAAUCAACCUCACUUCCUCCUCCGAGACCCUCCUCUUCCUCUCAGCGUGGAAUCCUGUUGGAUUUGCUGCCACACACACUCUCUCUACAGACCACGCCCACUAUGUAUUUAACAGUUCAAUAUUGUGCAAAACUGGCUAGCCAUGACUAUUUUGUUUUAUAUUCAUGAUGUUAUUGGUUUAAUUUAUCCUUGAUUUGUUUGCACAAUCGGGGUGCUGGUCUUAUAAAUGUAUUUUUGCUCGGUUUAUUUUAGGAGAAUUUUAAGAGGUUUUAAGUAUUGAAGCAGGGCGUAGUGUUUGCGUGCGAGUGUAUAAACUAUAUUUGUGCGUGCGGGUGUGUGUCUGCGUUUUAGUACAGGAUGUGUGUACGUACGAAUGUGUGAGAUAGCGUGUGUAUCUAAAAGGGGGGUCUUUCUCUCUAUCAGUAUGCACCUUUUACAGAUUGUAUCUAUUUAUUUAUUUAUUUUUCCCAGAAGAGAAAAAAAUGUGUGCGAGGAUGUGCGUUUGUAUGCGUGCCUGUGUCCGAGUGGUUAGUUAUGUAUUCUAAAAAGCUGAUUUUAAGCCUAGACAGUAAAUUAAGGUAGCAUUACAAGUAUGGUAUUGUGUGUGUGCGAGAAUGUGUGCAAGGGUGUGUGUGAGGAUGCGAGUGUGUGUGUGAUAAUGGGCCUCCUUAACACAGGGUUACCAUGGACAGGCAUGCUUCCAAAGCUUUGUGAUUUCUUUAGCACGGUUUUUACUUUUUAGCCAAGCUGCAGAGUCAGAAGCCACUCUAUCUUUGAAAUUUAGUCAUUGCAUAACUUUCCUUUAUUUCUGUUUAGAGGUAAUUAGGUGUAAGGUCUCCAGCGAGGUCAGAGUGACGGUUCAGUUUACAGUGGUGAUGAGUUUCGGCGUUGCAGCUUGGCCAGAAGGGAACAAGCCUUUUGGCAAAUUGCUGCUUUUCUUCUUUACGGUGGAUGGUUGCUCUGAAUGGUAGAAGCACCAAAUUCACACUGCCACAGUGACGCCUCAUGAAUGAACUGGGGGUGGGGGAGGGGUGACACCCUGAUCGCUUGGCUGUAACGCACCAUAAUCACAUGAUUUCCUCAUUUAAUCAUAGUUUAAACUCCAAAUGAACUAUUAGGGCUGGUGUACAGAUGCUGCAAGACUUCUGAAUCACAUCUCUUUGUCUGAGGUCUGCUCAUAUCACGAAACAUUAUGAUUUAAUGUCAUUGUUAGAAAUAAAACAGCUCCCUGUCUGUAAUAUGAUUUACUGUUAAGUCUAAUUAUACUACAGACAGGCGAUUUACUGUUAACUGAUAAGAUGUGAUAAUUGUUUGGUUAAAUAAUUGGAUGCAGAUCAGAGACCUGUCAGCUCGAGGAUCCCCUGGUGUGAUUUCUGUCUUUUCAUUUUCUUCUAAUGGCUUUUAGGUAGCAUGCUGAGUACUUUUUACUGAACUUUCUCUAUGAUAGUUUGUUUCUCUAUUAGAGUUUGGAUUCACUUGAGAUAAAGGUAUGACCACAGGACCUCAGGCCUCGGUACACCACACAGGGCACAGGUCUCACCUCGGUAUUGUAUCUUCUCUAGAAGAACAUUCCCCAUGUCAGUAUCACAUCCUUGGUACCAGUUGUCACAUUUAUUACAACAACUUUAUCGUAUUCAAGACUGACAUGAUUCAACUCUCUAAAAUGUUAUGUAACAGGUUAUGAUAGCCCCUGAAAUUUGCCACCACAGUCUGGAUGCAAAGACAGCUGGACACUAGGCAGGUGUGUCACAACAUACUCUCACUACCAACUCAUCAGAUACCGACGCCUUGUCAGUGGACCUACACGUCAAACUAUAAGGUACCACUCCAUCGUCAGUUUUUUUGACAUUCAGGGACGGUUUAUCAAUCUAUGCUCAAACCUGCAUUGUGUCUUUGUGAAUUAAACAAAUGUUUUCACAGGAAAUACACACUUUCUCCUCAUUAAAUGCAUACAGUCUUUUGUCAAUAAAUUUAGAACGUAGGUAAUAAAACAACAGAAGCACAUGGUUAGAUUUAGAAAAAAACAUAAUGGUUUGGCUUGAAACUGCUGCGCAUAAAAUUACUUGCAUGAUCGGCACUGCAUGCACAUCUUUGGGCCCGUAGAGCCGGCUACCUCCAUUUAAAGCUCUGCUAACUUGAAUGGGGAUAAAAUGAUUAAAUCCUGAGGCUCCCCUAGAGUUCCCAAAUGUUAUCAGACUGAAUUGAUCAAAUUCUGAUACUGAAACAAGUCAUUUUGUAGGGUUAUGACACUCGAAAAAAUGUCUUUUUCGCCAUGUAAGUCUAUGGGAAAAAGUGUUUUUGUGCCACGUAGCUUCAAAGCAAACACAAUUACGUUGUUUGGCCACUAAAAAAAAUAGCUCGACUGUUGGUUUCACACAGGACACGAACAGCAGCCUCCUGGGUGUAAGUUUGGAGUAUGUUUGACCCAUCCAAGGCAGGUGUUCACAGUGUUUCAAACCCUCGCUAAAGGGUGCCCCAGUGCGUCGAUAUCAGAUGUCAAGGGCCACUGACCAAAUGUCGGUAUUUGAUAAGUUGGGAGAGAGACUGCAGAUACACAUCACAUGACAGUGGAUCUAGUCAAAACCGCAGAAAGAAAUUUUCUAACAAAGUUAAUUAUAUGUUUGAGUUUGAGCACUAAAUACUUUCAAACUUAAACUCUCUGAUUAUAUCUACAGAAAAUCCAAAUAUGUUGCAGUGGAUUUUUUUUUCCUCUGAAAAUCUCACAUUAAAUUCCCACCCAGAGACACUAUCGCAUGUCAACUUAUAGCCAUUAGUUUCCACUUUAAUUUACCAUUAAGGACUAACUGCUGAGCUCUCAUUGCUACAUGUUAAGCAGAGCAGGAUUGUGGCAGGGAAGGGUAUGCAUGAACACACUGCCAUACACUGCAUCCUGUGCCAGUAACAGACUUCUGACAUUAUUAUGCAAACUAAAUGUGAAUGUUGAACGUGUUUUUAGUGGCAGUGCUGCUGUUGUUUUGUGGUUAUGAUCAUACUGCAAACCCUGAAGAAGUCUGUGUUGUCAAAGGAAUACCCUUCCUGACAUUUAGUUUGUUGUUUUAUUCUUUUUCUUUUUUACUUUAGCCUCAUAAACAUCUUCAGCAUUUCUUUUCUUUCUUUCUUUCUUUCUUUCUUUCUUUCUUUCUUUCUUUCUUUCUUUCUUUCAGUUAUUCUAAAAGCACCUCAUUAAAUAAGUAUUGACUUGGUACCAUAAGCUAACAGACUACUUUGCGGCUAGAGGCUCACAUCAGUUUCAGUAUAAGCUGCCUUUUUAAGGUCAGACUUUAAGUCUAAAAGUGAGGAAAGCAGAUUUCAGUAUGGUCAAGCAUGUUAAUGUGUGUGUAGGGAAGCAUCUAGGCUCAGUGUUUUAACCUUAAAGUCAGCACAGUCUCACUUUGUGCUUCUGUUUUUGUUUCCUCUCCUUGUUGAAUCAGCCCUGGUAAAGUAAUUUAACCCUGAAUUCAAAAUUUAUGCCAAUUUACUUAAUAAAUAUAACGUCUAUUAGGUCUGAAUCCUCAAUAAUAAAUGAAACCAGGUGGCACCUGAAUUAUGAAGUAGUAGUGUUUGUAUCCAAGCUGCUACAGAGAAGCCAGCAAGAAUUUAUCAGCCAUUAUCGCAGCAACUGUGAAUGUCACUCUCUCAAGGCAGUUUUGAUAAGACACCAUUUGAUGAAUGACAAUAGUUACUUUAAUGAAUUAAUAAACUAUCCAACACAGAAGCGUUCUUAGACUGGCCAAGUUAAAAAUAGGAUGGGAAGAUUUCCACAAUCAAUUAUCAUAGCCUUAAAUGUACAGUUCACCCCAAGGUGCUCAAGGCACCAAAGAAAAAAAUUGGAAAGCUGAACAAAUGUCUCUUUCCAAAUAUCAUGACCCCGUUACUCAAGAUAAUCCACAGACCUUGUCGUGAGCAGUUUCAUGUAGGAGCUAUUUUCGCUCUACUGAACUACACCAGUAUCACUGCUAGCUCACAUAGCACCACUGAGCUAGCUAGUGUUACAGCUCAGCUGAGGAGGACGCCAUCUCGUCUGUGAGUAGAUGCACGCUUCCUUCUGUGCAGUGAUACAGUUGGUGGGUGUAGUUUGGUAGAACGAAAAUAGUUCCUAGUCCUAGUUUUAUUUGAGAGAAGGCAGACAUCUCUAUGGUCAAUAUCGCCAACACUCUGCAACUCUAGAUUGAAAAACAGCGCCGCAGGUUAGAGUAAAAAUGUGUUUUUGUUUUGGGGUGAACUGCCCCUUUAAGGCGAAUGCUCAAACGUCACAUUCGUAAACGUUCAGUAUCACCUCCAACUUUGAGGAUAAAAGAACAUAGACCACCAGAAACUACAUUCAGUUCAAAUCCUUUCCUUUGUGCUCCUAAUAAUGUCCACUCAUAGACACACAUACCCAUUUGGAGUAAACCUGCAUAUCAGAAGUGCCCAAGCAGGUUUUGUUGUGUCUGUAUAAAAGCGCUUUGGUUCCUAAUGCUGGUGAGAGCGAUCCAGAGGCCUGUGGUGCCCUCGUGUGGAGAGGAGCAGCAUUGCAGUUUUUAUGUUACAUAUAGGUUAGCAUGAACUAUGAGUUGUUGUGUUGCAGUAUAUGGUAUGAGUGGGUGUAAUCCUGCAUCCCACAAGAUAUGCAAAAACAAUGCAAUAACUAUGACUGUAUACAAGGUUCCAGAAGUAAAUAUACUUGUGAAAGUGAAAAAAAAAAACAAAAACAAUCAUGACGAUGUAUUUUUUUUUUUCUGUUUGUUACAUUUUUAAGUAAACUCAGUGGUUUCCAUGCCAGAGAAACCUAACAUACUUGAAAUCAGGUACAUUGCAGUGCAGUAUAGUAAAGACAUAUUUAUUUAUCUCUCUCGUGCCAUGGUGUUGGAUCUGCAUCUGCAGUUUGAAAUGUGUACUGAGACAUCGACAUGAAGUUGGUGUUUUUGCUCGCGCUUUAACAUCCAGCCAGUGUAGCCCCAGAGUGAAAAGCUGAUUGUUCAUUUUGAUGACUCAGCACCAAAAACGACUAACUUCACCUCCUUGACUCAAUAUGUGUUUGACUGCUUCCCUUUCUCGUGUUUAUUUCUGGUUAAAUGGAUCGAGCUACAUGGGUGUACCAUCAGUAUUGCAUGAGGUUCACAUGCUGACAUUGAACGUGCCAGGUUUUGCAGUCGUUUUGUUUUGAUCAGGUUAAGUAUCAUAUCACAUUAUGACAGAGUAGCUAUUUCUAUUCACUGUACAUAUGAUUGAAGUCAGUAUUUUGCCGAGGAGAGUUUGGAAGGUGAUUUUGCAUAUCUUGUGUCUUAUGGGCUCUUAGUUCAUUUCUGAUUAUUAACCCUGAGAAGCUCAUGUUUAUGUGAUUGUCGAAGGUUGAGAGAAAAGGCGGACGACAGUAUUCUUUCUCCCCAGUCUUUGCCUACGUGUUGCCAUUUCAACUUCUAUCUUUUCCUCCUCUGACAUGUGGAAGGUGGACCAGUGAGAAAAAUGUGUAUGAAAUGGACCAAAUUACUCAUAAUUAGGAUUUUUUUAGACAACAGAUAUUGGUGGAUUGAAAGGAAGGCUCAGGACAGACAAACAGACAGGCCACAGCUGCAUAGCACACACUUGGUUGGUUUCUUGCUAUAUUCAAGCACAAAGUGAACAAUAUACAUGAAAACAUCAACUUAAAAUCCACAGGUUAAACUGAAGCUGUGUUCCAAUUCUGUACCACACACUCACUCUAGGUAGGGGUGUUAGAAUAUACACUCGAGUAUUGUGAUGGUAUGUUUUCUAAUACUGUAUCGCUUACCCGACUGCUAGAUGACAGUGUUGUAAUCUGUCCUCAGCCGUUUGACUCUUACAUUACUAGUAUGUUACAGGGACUGUGAUAAAUACAAAUGCAGAUCCCGCUGCCUUGAUGCUUGAUGUCACACCCCUCCUGCCUAUUUCCAUUAUAUUCACGUCACCACACUGCUGUUCUUCAAAGCACAAGUGGUUGCCAGUUUGUUGCAUACUUCAUGGUCAAGUAGACAGCCUGUCAAAUGCUGAAUAUUUAAUGGUAGAAUAAGUGAUUCAUUUUGCAAUAUGUAGCCACACAUCAGCUAUAGACUUAGGUUACUUUGUGAGGUGGUGUAUCAAGGUUCAUCUAUGGCAAUCUAGGUAAUGGUUAGCAUUAGCUAGCUUUAGGUACCAUUGUGCCAUGACAACAAAGUUCCACCCUUAAUCAUUUUCUGUCUCAUCAUAUAUGAUAGUGAGAGGAAAAUACUUUAUAGGCUACAUUCCUUUUCUUUUUCAACCCUGAUUUAUAGUACUGAUGUUCUAAUGACCUGCCCUGCUCUUUCCCUCUCUCUGUUUAUCAUGAGACCCCCGCUGUCUCUCUGCCAAUGCCUUCACUAGGAGACUACUGCCAUGGGAGUGUGAGGUCAGCACCAGGAUAGGUAGUGAGUGUCCACCUGCACACACAGUAACAGGGCUAAGUGUUAGCAUUACACAGCUAAUGUUACCAAAGGGUUAUUAACAGUUUUAACCACAGAGUCAAGCCAUUUUGGUGCCGGUGUGAGUUUAAUAGAACUUUUUAAUGGUUAGGUGUUGGUUGUUAACCAGGCAGAUGUUGAACCAUGAGGAUUCUUAAUCACUGAUGACACCUAGAUACCACAUGAUACCAACGUCAUUAUACUAUUGGCUCACAAGUAGUGUAAGAGGCAGUAACUAAGCAUUAGAUACCUUACACGGAGGUAAACAAAACACUCCUUUUGGACCCGACAAAAUUAAACUUUUUAAAAUGAUUAAUUCACAAUCAUAAUAUUUUUUGGGGAAAAGCAAUGUAUUCUUUAUUAUUAUUAUUAUUAUAAUUAUUAUCCACAUAAAAAUGUUACCAAUAAAACCCACAAGAGUAAAAGAAGAAAGGUAGAGAUUCAUGCACAGUUUAAGUCUCAAGUAUGGAUCCAGCUCCAAAUGUGCUGGAUACUACAUCUCCCGUAAUUCCUUUUACACAUUUCCCACAUCAGAAUACAAAUGAUCAUGAAAAUUUGAAGUGACUGUUUAACUGGCAUUAGACGGCUUAGCAUUGAAUAGUUUAGCAUGCUGAUUCCUUGUAUAUCAACUGCAAAAACAUACAUUAUAAAUAUUGGUAUAUAGUCAUGUUGUACACAAGUAGUGUCUGUUAUGGAACUGGAACACAGCACAGGUGUGUUUUUUGUCCGCCCUGCCACUAACAGUCCUUUUUAACAGCUGACAUUUAGUGUAAUUAACAGAAACAGCACAGGUGCAACCAAUAACCUUAAUCAUGGCUUGUUCCCAUUUUGUUGUGCCAGUAAACCAGCAUGCAUCAAACCACAGCUGUGAAACUGGAUCCACUAAAUGGAAUGUAGCCGUUAUUAAUGAUAUUAGCCAUACCUGUGUUUUGUACGUCUGUUGUGUGUGUUUAUGUAGCUGUGGUCUGUGGCUCACUGUAGAUAGUUAGUAGCCAGUGUAUCAGGCUGAUGAACUGCAGCUGUGUCUGCAGCUAGUUAAACUGAAACCACACCCCUCUGCUGUAGAGGGUGCAGCUCAAAUUCAAGUAAUUUCCUCAAGUGGAAGAGAGAGUAAAGGCCUGGUAGAUGGAUGACAAUCUGUUGAUGACAAUAGGAAGCAUUGGGUGUUUGGAUGGAGAGUAUAUUUUGGGGGAUUGUUGAGGGUUUUUUCAUCAUGUCUGAAUUUCAGGGUGAUCUAAGUUCUCACAUGGUGAAUUAUAUAUCCAAGUAAUGUUUUAUGUGCAUGGGUUUCUCUCUCUAGGGAUAUUAAGUAUUGGUCCUUUGUGAAUGAUAAUAUCUUUUAUCUCACCACUAGCCAAUGAUUGUAUAUUUUUAUACACCAUUUACCAUAUUAUAGCAAGAAAUAUAUGAAUAUAUAUUAUAUUUAAUCACCAGAAUGUUAGAGUAAGGAACAGGAAGGACACUUAUUUGGAGAUGUAGCUAUGAAGAUGUGUUAUAUAAGCCUGCUGACUGAGGAUCAGUAAGAAUUUAUUGAACAAAGUCCUUCUAUAGUGACUGUGUUUUUGACCAAAAGGAACCAACAGGGAAUGAUGUUGUAUUUACUGAAGAUGAAACAUUUUACGUUUCAGCUGAUGGCAUACACACGAUGGGCUUUUAGGUUGCUUCACACAGGCUUGGAUGAUUCCCAGACUUUGUGGUGUUUUAGUCUGAACAAAUAUGGCCUCAUUUAAAGGUCCAGUGUGUAGGAUUUAGGGGGAUUUAUUAGCAGAAAUGAAAUACGACAUAAGAAGUAUGUUUUCUUGAGUGUGUAUUCGCCUGGAAAUAAGAAUCAGCGUGUUUUAAACCUUAGAAUUAGCCGCUUUUCAUCUACAAAGAGGGUGUUUCUCAAAGUCAAGGAAGGAUCCUGCAGAGGCAAGGCAAGAGUCCUCCCUAGCAUUCAGUGAACAUACAUCAGAACAGGCUAACGAGGGUCCCCAGGUGGACGUCAUUAACCCCCAGCAGACUGAGGGGGUUUCAGGGUACUGUGAUCAUUUUAGCACUCUAUGAUGUUGUACAAUUUUAAACAGAUGUAGCCAGUAUUUUCAGAGUCACAUGACUUUUACAGGAGGGGAGAUGGACACUUGGUGUUCCAUCUCUGUUGGAAAAUGAUUAAUUUAAAAACAUUUUUAUAGUAUCUAAUUCACGUUAUUCCAAAAAUUAUAUUAUUUUUUUUUAUUCAGCAUUGGACACGUUGGAAAGUGUAAAUUAUGAGGUUUCUGUCAGUAUUUUUUUCACGCUUGUAUGAUAAAAACUGGAGAUAUUAAUCCAAAUAAAUGACAUAUUAAUCUAAAUCCUGCUGUGCUCCACUGCCGCAGGUUUCAUUGAAGGGACACCGCCUUCACUUCCAGUAAAUCAUGUGCACAGCAUUAUGGGGAUUUUAUACCCCCGGAGGAUACACACACGCAUCCUUGGAAUUUCUCUGAAAGAAGGAUUCGGUGAAAUUCAGAAGGAACCUUGACAUUGGAGCAGUCCUUCAGCGCGGGUCGAUGAUGUCGCCCUCUUGAAAUUCGUCCGUUUGAGGAUCCUUCCUUGACUUUGAGAAACACCCCAUGUCCCAGACAUCAUUGACCAGCCUUUGUUGUCGUCCAUGUUGUCUGCCAUGUUGACCCACCAAGCUUCUACAGUAGCCCAGAACGGACAAACCAAACACUGGCUCCAGAUUGGGCUAAUCGUGUUUUUGCGUUGGCUACCAUGGUUAGCAGCGAGCUGUGAUGAGCAACGUCGGAAAAAAGCUGAUUUUUUUUAAGGUGAAACUGCUUUGUUCUGUGUGGUUACUGGUUUUAAUCACCUGGUUCGUUGGUUUUGGAGAGGAAGAGACCUCUGCGGAGAAGUCAUCUUCCAAUAAAAACCUACUAAACAAUGAAGGAAUCCCAACUGGGAGUUCUCACUUGGCCCUCGGGAGAAGUUUCAGCUGGUUGCAAUCUCCAAUCCUUACUGCUAGAUGCUACUAAUUCCUACACACUGCUCCUUUAAAUAUCAUUAGCUGCAAAACACAAACAGCCAAAUGACAUAAUUAACUACAGCCACAUUUACUGGAAAUCUACCCAUUAUCAGCGAUGUGACUCCAGAAGUAGGAGGCUCUUUGUUCAGCUUUUAAAGACACUAGGGUUCAGAGAUAAACGCCAAAUUUCACAAUUUGACUUUAAAACAUUUGAGCAACAGAGAGCUCUGAAACAUGGCAUGUGUUUGCUUUGCUUCGUCUAUGUUUCGUGAAGUUAGCAGAGAGACAUUAACAUACCAGCAACCUGUCAGCGCAGGUCAACAUCUGGACAUUAUCCUACUGUAGCACCGAGAGACCUGUCUCGCUUUCACUAGUCCUACAUCAGCGACACACACGUAUAUACUGUACACUUUUUCAGAUGCAUUAUCAAAGACAUCAAACCAAAAAACUCCACCUGUCAAGGACUAGAUCUCUCUACGCUUUGAGCCGUGAAAAUCAUGUAGCUUCUAUUUUUUUCUCUUUCAGGAAAGGAAGUAGAGGACUUGAACUGCGUCUGUGUAGAGAAACUCUCAUUGAAUGCAGGCAGGGGAGUGAAGCAGUUAAGUGACUGACCAACUAAGUCAUUUUGUGUUUAUGCAGCAAUGUAAAAAGGAGAAAAUAUAAACUUUUGGGGCGGUGUGGGGCAGAUUUGAUCUAAAAAUGUUGAAUUUAUAUUCUGCAUCUUGACAGUAAGGGCGAUGAACUAUUUUGUGUCUGUGUGGACAACCGAAAACAUUUCAAGCUGCUCAGUAUUAAGAAAAGAUGUCAUCCAACAUGCUUUAACAGAAAUAGUGUUUUACACACCAUUUAAAAAGUAUUAGAGUUGUGUGUUUAUCUUUAACUAUACACAUAUAUGUGUUACUUAUCGAUUUAUCAGAGAGUGGGGCUGUUAUACGUUCUGUCUCGGGCACUCAGAUCUCCUCAUGUGGACGUACCAUCGUUGCAACAGAUGCACGUUAUAUUUUCUUGUAACCCGAAGUGGUUGUCGAUCAUUGUUUGAUUCUGAUGAGAAAUAUUUUAAGAGGACUAUUUUGAAUAUAGAUUUUAUUUUCCUUUUUUUGUAGGUAAAAAGCAUAGCCUGUUGUAGUAGGAAUUACAUCUGAUUAAAACAUGAAUUCCCUUUUCUGGAGAAACAAGAGAGGAUCGUCUCUUUGUUUUUCUCUUGUACAGAACUUAUUUCGACAUCAACGCCAAUGGACGCUUUGGGAAAAGGAACAGGAAGCAAAAGAGGGAAUAUAUUAUACAUUAUAAGUACAAGUUUAUAUUGCAAGUGUCUUCUAUUUUAGAUAUAUACAGAAAAAUUAUAUCUAAAUUAUAUGAUAUUAAUUGAUAGUUUGGAGUCGGACUUUGCUGAGGAUCAAAACAAAUUUCUUUGAGGGAAAAUGCCCACAUCAGGUUUGGGAGGUGCCAUAUUGUUAUAUGCGUGCUGGCGUUUUCUAUAUGGGACCCAGAGGGCAAACGUUUAAUGGUUUCGCCCUCAGAUGAAUGUUUCCAUUAGCUUUACAAAUCAUUAUCGAUAAGUUUCCUUUUUGUGAUAGUUAGCAUUUGUCUGUGUGUUGCCAGUGCAGAAGCAGGGUUUUAAACUCAGUCAUGAAACUCCUGGAAAAGUUAGGAAACUACAAAAAAAUGUUCUCCAGGCUUGGAAAAGUUUGAAUAUACAUUAUAUAAAAAAUCUGAAAAACAUGGCCAACAUAAUGCAAAAUACGUCCUCCAUAUUGCUAUCAUUGAAACGUCACUAGCAUCACCUAAUUGGCGUAUGCAGCUAGUUGGCAGCAGGAGCUAGUAAAGUUAGCAAGCCCUAGCAGUGUGCUUAUCCACAAAUGCCUGGGAAGUACGUUUAUAAUAAUGUACAGCUUUCAAAUGACAAAUAUAAGACAUGACCUCAGAGAGAGGUGGACCCUAGCUGCGCUGGAUGUGGGCUCUGCACCAAAACGUUUGACGUUGGCAACAUGGUGGUAGCGUCUCUGGUCAGCCAUGCUAGAGGGAUAGAGCAUCAAGACAACCAGCAAGCUGCUUAACAGACGAAUAAUUCGUAAGUCGUAGCUAGGCCAGAUAAUGUUAUUGUUUUGUGUCUACUAUGUGUUGACAUAAAGACAUUCCAUACCAUAUUCCACACUACAUUUUUGCUAAAAUAUAUGUCUUUUUACUGGAGUAAGACGGACGUUUAUGCCCCCUGAUAAACACUAGGCCUAAUGUUACCUGUUUAAAACUACUUAAAUAAAGUCACGGAAAUUGGGUAAAAUAUUAUGAAAAGGUUCUGGAAAAAUAUUUUAAUUCAUUGUUAAAAAUGUGUGUAAAACCCUUUGAACAGAGGUCAUCCAAUACGAUUACAAAACUUUUAGACUUUAGACACCUGAAGAGUUAAUUGUGAAUCUUGAUCAGUUAUUUAAAACUUAGGCAUCAGGCUGGGAAAUUAUCUUUAAAAGUAAAAUUUAAAUGCAAAAUUGAAUUAAUAAGACAUAAUAGUAUGGAUUUUGGAGGCAAAUUUAAUCCAGUGUUGAAACCAUGGAUAUAUAAAAGAGAUCUGGAUACAGCGUUGAAGGUAGGGCCCAGCUCAUUCUUGUGAAAGCUGCUCAGUGGUGCAUGAAGCCAAAAAAAUUGGAGUUUCUGGGUGUAAAAUUACCCAGACCUCCAGCAUCAUUGGGCCCAUAGCGCAGAUGAGACUUUCGAAAGCAAAGUGACUAAUUUCCAGUUUAUUUAUUUAUUCAUGCGGCUCUUCUAGACUUUCCAAAUGUUAUCGGACUGAAUGGAUCAGAUUCCAAGAGUGAAACAAGUCUUGUGGGAGUUGUGGCGCACAAAUACAAUGUAAUCCAAUGUAAGUCUAAUGGAAAAUGUCUUGAACCCAAUGCCAUCUCAUGACGGACCCAGAGGUUGUAAAUCCACAUCAGUCCACUACAAAAAUUGGCUUAAGGGCCUGCGCACUUCCUGGGGGCCUGGUUAAAACCUUGAUCAGUACUGAAGGAAUCUCUGCAUAUUGUCCUGCACUGGCUCAUACUGUAGUAACACUUAUAGAUGCAUGUAAAGUCCUUAGCUAUCAGUCUCGGGAAAAUUUGAUUGGUUCCCUCGAGAUGAUGGUGAGGAACAAAAAUAUGAUUUACUUACUACCCUCUUCCUUUUUUUCCUGGGCUGUUGAGCCCUGAAAUGAACCAAAUAGAUGAUAUUUGCUUGCCUAAUAGAUUUAGAAAUGACAUAAAUGAUAAUUAGAUAGCACUCACACACUGUGUAGCAGCACCUACAGCAGCACCCCAUGUGAACUUCUAGGACUGUUAGUAUUGUACGGACCUUGAAAGCCUCAUGUUUAUCGCUCAUUCCUUCUCUUAUUGUUACUCAGACACUUAAAUAAAUCAUAAAGGAGAUCCCUGUUUGCACAUGUUAGAGUAUCUGACACAGAGGUCGCUCUUUGUGUUUCACUUUUACGGAGAGGGCUGCACUCACAAGCCUGUUGAUCGAGGAGAGGAGUUCUCUGUACCAGCUCGUGUUUCUUCAGGAUAUUACUCCAGCUCUAGAGGCGUGGCAGCAGCUUCACGAUGCAGACUUCCUGUCGUAAAGUAGAACGUCUGUGCCUCCCUGCAUCUGCUACUUCUCCCUGAUUUUACUGAUAAGAGCUACUUGCACCACGAAUGAUUUCAUCCCUUGAAUGUAGGACACAGUGGUGUUCUUGCACAUCUGGAAAAUCCACAUUAAGUAUUUGAGAGUUACACAAAAGGCUUAUGUUUGUUUCUUUUGUUGGCAGCCCUCAGUGGAAGAAAAUAGCAGCUAUCAGUUUUGACCACCACAGACUUAGAAAAUCUGAUUUUAACUCUCUGUCGACACUCGGAUCUUUACAAACUUUAAUCCCAAGUGUCUUCCUAAGUAAGCCACAUUUGCCCACAAAGAGUUCAGCAGGUCUUGUGUGCCUGUGUGUGUAUAUGCAGCGAUGUCAUGUACAUUAUCAGUGUUUUCUUCCGUGAGUUAGUUCUUGCUGGUGUGGGACGCCUCUUUAACAGCAUGCAGGCGUCGACUGAAUUUUUUGUUACCCAGGCAGGGUGAUGAUUCAGUGGCAGGGGACCCACAGCUCCAUAUACAGUAGUGUUCAACGAAGGCUUUUCUGUUCCUUAUUUACUGGGUAAAUGCCAUGGCUAUGUGGCUCUGUUCUCCACUGGUCAGUAGUGUCUUACGAUCUUGUCCCUAGUCUUAGUUCACUACUCAUGCAAAGUGUUAAAGGGCCUUUGACAGGAUUGAGCUGUUUGUUUGUUUCUGUUCCUUUCUGUCUGAGAGAGAAGUCUGUUAUUAUUUUUGAGAGAGGUGUUCACACAGAGACCAAUUUGUUGUAAUAUUAGUAGUGACGCUACUGUUAAAUGUAGUAUUUAAUAACAGCACUAUUUAUGGUCAAAAAAAAUGAACUAGAGUGUGUUAUUGUACUUGCGGUAGCUUUGGAGGCAGGUGGUCAUUUUGUAACUGUUCUUUAACAUAAGCCACUCCCCCCCUCCACUGCGAGGGAUUCCAUUGGUUCUGAGGUUGCUAGGUGACACUGGCCCAACAUCAUUUGGUUUCCUCAGUUACCAUUUGUCUCCUCGGUGACGACUGCAUGGUCUCACAGUUGACACUCCCUUUUUCUUUCUUCUUCUUCUUCUUCUUCUUCUGCUUCUCUUUCUUUUUUCUAAAGGAGAGGUUUUUUUGGUUUGUUUUGGUUCAUUCACUUCAUUUUACAUUUUAGAAAGGGAAAGAAUACAAAUGAAAUAAAUCAGAAUAUUAAUUCAAUCACUUUUUCUACUCCUAUUUUCAAUAAAAAGUGAAACGAAAAAAACCAAACAAAAAGUUGAUUUGUAAAUAAGUAAUGUACAGUUUGUAUCUGUAACUUGUCAGUCUGUCAUUGGUGACAGAGUCUGUCUUGCUUAUAACGCACGCUACCAGUAAAUAAAAAAAGGAAAAAGUAUAUUUAGACUGUAUGGUCCCUUGAAAGCAAGUUUUAAAUUAAUAUCUGAUGUAUAUUCCUGUAACAUUGCAUUUUUAUCUGAGGAAUGAUGUUAUUAAAAAAUUGCAAAUAAA